AUGAUUUCUCUCAAGCGUUACCAGCAGCGUGACAGUAUCAGUAUGUCCGAGAGUUCGAUCUCUGACAGCCAGUUUCCAUCAACCUCAGACUCGAUGACUUCAACGUCAUCUGUAUCCCCUAUCAAUGAGAGUCUGGGUUUCUUUGAGAACCAAGGCUUUUCCAUGCAGAAUUCCGAUGGCACUUGGUCGGAUGACAGCCGAAUAUCCUCCCCUGACAUCUUAUCUCCAAUCCCACCUCCACGUCGAAGUACUCGAACCACAGUCAAACAGACUAAGCAAACCAGCUUGGAUAGCUUUUUCUUGAAUUCUUCUGAUCUUGAGGAAGACCAGUUUUCGGCACCCACUAGAAAGCGCAAGGCAGCUCCCAGCGAUGAGAAUGAUGACUUUUUCCCGGAGAUCACCCAGGAACCAUCACAACCUCCUUCUAAACGAAUCACGCUAGCACCAAAGGCAAUGGCUCAGCGCAAACCCAGAGCAGCUGCCAAGCCAAAGGCAUCCACAGGCCCAAAGAGCACCCAAAACUACACUCUGGACAAGCCUGAGCCCUCCGGUGAGCCUCUCAUAUGGUCACCAACCCGACAAGGUCUUUGUGAGACUUUGCCAUACUACCGAGCUUACCAGUCUGGUGCUUACCAACAUGACGGCCUCAUUCAUGGAUUUAUGAUGGAUAAGGAAGUUGGUCCCCAUGAUGUCUUCUCCAGCAAGGUCUACAUCUCCCGAGUUGGUGGUGGCAAGACCGAAGAUGCCGAUGGCAAUCGUGUCAACCAGAAAGACCAAAUCGCCAGCAGCACCGUUAGAGCCUUCAUCAAGACUAUGGAACAAAAGACGGCUGUUGCUUUAAUUGCCGGCUUUCAGAAUUCCAUCAGUCCAUGCAAGCUUUACAAGCGAUACAGUGUCUUGGAUUGGGCCCAUGUAACCGAUGUUUUUUGCACCAAAAUCAAUGGCUUCAUGGUCUGGAUGGUUCGACUUGAGAUGAUCGAUCUUACUUCAGUGUCUUGGUGGACUCCCACAUCAUCUUUGUCAGGAGAUGCAAGCGAUCUCCCGAUUGUUCCAGUCAACAGUCAGAUCUGUGGUGCUUGUAACAAGUCAAGUAAGGAGAUCUACAACCAAGGUUGGACUUGUAUGCAUAUCGGCUGCCCCGAAUACUUCACCUUUUCAGCCAAUGGUUACGAUGAGGCUUCUCUGGGCUAUUGCCAGGCAUUUCUGGAUGAGCGAACUCCUUUCACCGGUCUCCCUCCACCAUCUUUGGUUCCACAGAUGAUGACCGAUGAAGAUCUGAUUGCCAACAAUGCUUAUGGCAUUGAACCGGAAUGUAAGAAAGGUCUUGUUUGCCCCAAAUGCAGAUGCUGCAGCAGACGUCGUGAGUGGCUGCAAUGGACUUGCGAAAAUUCCAACUGUGAUUUUACUUGUCAACUCACCUCACGUCCAAUUCACAUCGAAGAAGUUCUCCGAAGGGAUACGGAACGUGGUGUCAAAGUCAAAGAAUUCCGCGCCCCAUCCAUCGCUGUCACCAAACCAACUCUGGGACUUUAUACCGUCUAUACAUACCUGAUUCCGGAUGCUAAUGGCAACAUCAUUGGCUUCAUUCGUCAUUUCAAGGCGAAUUCUGUCAUCAAUUCCAAGAAAGAUGGUGCAAAUGAAGUCUUCAUGAGACUCCAAGAGAUUGAUAUCGGUCUCAAACGAAAUGCGAACAUGCAUGCGGGUCUUCCUGGUGAGAUUCUGACUAACCACUUCUCGGUCGACACUGGUGCUCCAUACAAGUACAAGGUGGCACAAGCAGCUCAUAGCUUCAAAGAUGCGGAUCCAGUCAUUCUGAAGGCCCUAGGACGUCUUACCUGGGCUGGACAAGAGUCUGUUGGUGCUGAGUUUGAAGAAUUCCACGAAUUCAACGAAAUCUUGACUUUAUCUUACUUUGAAAAGAUGAAGAUCGAUUAUCACGAUGAUGGAGAGGACACUCUUGGUCCUACCAUUGGGACUUGGUCUUUAGGAUGCAAUGCCAUCAUGAAGAUCCGUCCAAAGGCCAAGAGCCCAGUUGGUGGUGUCAUGAAGGGUGAGGGAAAGAGACACAAGUCUGAUGUUCUAGUCAUGAAUCUUGAACAUGGUGACAUCGUUGUCAUGCAUGGUUGUAAGAUCCAAGAGGAUUACGAGCAUGCCGUCACGCCUCAAGGAAGUGUUCGAUUUGCCAUGACUUCUCGGUACAUCGAUCCAGGCAGACUCACUCCAGCAGCUAGAAGAAUUGCCUUUGCCAACUCCCAGCUUCCUGACGACUUCGAAGACAAAUAUGCCUAUCAUGGUGAUGUCGCCCCCAAAUUUGUCAAACCAACCGCCGGUCAACUCCAUGCUAAGGCUUUCAAAGAAUUAUACAAUACAGCCAAGGCCACCAAGAAUAUUCUCACUCCUGUGCAGAAGCAAAAGUUCCGAACUUUGCUGGAAGCCGGAAUGACUAAUGCAUAG